CAGAAAAAGUGCAUAUAUAAUUUACGACAUACUAUGUUAAUUUAUUUUACAAUUAGAUUAGAUUUUAGAUUUUACAGAUUUCAUUUUAGAGUUAAUUAUUUUUUCUUUUAAAUAUUUAUACUUGUAAAGCAUGUAUGGUUCCGAAUACUUUACAAUAUAACAAAUGUUUGACUUGACUUUGUAUUGUACAACAUGUACCAUUAAUUACACAAAUCCGUGCAGAAUUCUUUUUCAAGAUGCGGCAGAAAAAGGACGAGAUGAAGAAGCAUCAGUGAUAUUACAUUGCGUAAGCAAAAGCGGUUUGCGAACUCGUUUCACGGUCAUGAUCGGUGCUCGUCCUCCUUAAUUGUACGCACCGAAUGACUCAUUUUUAUUUAUGAAGGAAGAAGAAACGAGACGGAGAUGAUUCACGCGUCUAACGAACUGUGAAUAUCCUCCGGUGCAUUACAUUCUUUAAGACGCAAAGAUGGAGUUGGAAUUCAAAAAAUUUUAAGAGAAAAGACGCAAAUUUUUUUUCAAGCAAUUGAUUCAGAAAGAAAACGAGAGACACAAAAUAAUAAUAAAAAAUAAAAUUAAUAAAUUAAUAAUGAAUUAACUAAUUAAAAAGAACAAAAUUCAAAUUUUGUAAAUUUUUUGAGCUUGCGGAAUUAUUGUAGUAUGAGUUUACUUAAAAAUAUCGUUAAGAAAGUACAAAGAUCAUUUUGAAUUAUGUAUGAUUUCACUUUUUAUAUUUAUUACUUUUUAUAUUAACAUUAUUACAAAAACAUAUAUCGUGGAGUUUAUUGCUUUAUUUGACACGUUAUUUCUUCCUUCUGGAUUCGCGCUAGCUAGAACUUUAAUUUCCGUCGCAGAAACGAAUAUUUAUAAAAAUUUAAUAAUACUGCAUUGAAUUGGCCAGUAUGAUUAAUAACUUAUUUUGAACAUUAAAACCACUAACAACAAUGCCUUUAAUAUCCAAACAGUACAAAAUUAAUCAUCGGCCAAUUACGCGUAUUGCAUUUCUAUAAGGGCGAGCGUUUUCACAUUCGAAGGUGAAAUAACUCUCCUUCAAAAAUGAAUCAUCCUCCAUACAUUUGAUAUUCUCGGUCCGUCACCUCUCGAACGUAGCGGAAGCGUUACAUUUACAGUCGGUACACAAUUCCAAAACCGCCGGAAUUACGCAAGGGUGAAAGCACCGGCCGCUGUUGCAUAGGAGAAUUAUUGGCCGCGUUCAUCUCGUUCGCUCACGCCUCGCGCGUAAUCUUCGCGAUCUCGAAAAAUACGCCCGGCGCGGGCGCUGCGGCGUUAAAUCACACGCGUCGUUUUUUAUCUUUAAACCCGCUUUCGAAAAUCUCUCGUUGAAAUUGCGGCACGGCUCACAUAUACCAUAACGUACGUAUACCCCCUCCCCCCCUCCCCUCCGUCGAAAUCUACACAAUGUUCCGAAACUGGUUCUCUUAACGACAUUUAUAGCGGCAUACGCGCCUCACGUCGUUAUAAUUUUCAUGGAGAAAGAAAAGGCGAGCUCAAAUUCGAUUUCGUGCGCGAGAUAAAAAGAGGGACGAUAUAUUUACUUGCCCGUAGCGUUUACGCGAUAAAAUUAACAUUCCGUGGAUGCGUGAUAUGGCGGUCGACGCGGGCUCCCGGGCGAACAUUUCGUGAAUGGUAAGCGAUGCCGUGAGAAAUUUAAUAAACUGGCUAAUUCGGCGCUCUCUCGACUUUCUUCCUCCGGACGCGCGCAUACAUGUAUAUCGGCAAGUCAUAAAUCGAGAGCGAAACUUCGGUCGUGGCAUCACGUACUUACGCUACUUCGAAGGCUGCUUGCGAUGCAACGGGGGAUGCGGCCGGGCGGCCCGCUGACCACCCCGUUGCCGCUAUAAAUACGUUUGACAAUGCUUGUCGGAACGUCAGUCCUGCUUGCGACACGUUUACACGAUCCGCCGAACCGGAACAUAUUGACCGGAAAGAUGGCAAUCAAGUUAAUAAUCUCGGCUGCAGCGGUGCUCGCGGUAUGCAGAGGCGCGGCGAUCCCAGCUGUUCCAACUGGCCUAAGUGUACCGGCCAUUCCGGCCACCCUGGCUGCACCGGGUCUUCCAGUCGCCGCGGUUGACACCACAGGUUACGAUCCUUAUCCUCAGUACACUUACGCCUACGAUGUCCAGGAUACGCUGACCGGCGACGCGAAGAGCCAGCACGAAAGCAGGGAAGGUGACAUCGUCCACGGCAGCUACAGCCUCAUCGAGGCCGACGGCACCAGGCGAAUCGUCGAGUACACAGCCGACCCCGUGAACGGAUUUAACGCCGUGGUCCGUCGGGAACCCCUGGCGAUAGUGAAACCAGUCGUCGCGCCGCCGCCACUGGUUUAUCAUCAGCUCUUCUUCCUCCUGGGACUGGCGGUGCUCGUCCGAGGGGCGGUGGUGCCGGCGGCGACGACGGCGGCGGUGGCGGUGCCCCUGGCGAAGCUGGAGGAGUUCGACCCGGCGCCGCAGUACAGCUUCGCGUACGACGUGCAGGACGCGGUGACCGGCGACUCCAAGACCCAAUACGAGACCCGGAACGGCGACGUCGUGCGCGGCAGCUACAGCCUGAUCGAGGCCGACGGCACGCGCCGCAUCGUCGAGUACACCGCGGACCCGAUCAACGGCUUCAACGCGAUCGUCAGCAGGGAACCGGCGAUCGCCGCCGUCGCGGCGGCGACGCCGGUGUUACCGUUCGGGCCGGCCGCCGCGCUGACGCCGGUCGCCGGUCUCGCACCCGGCGCCGCCGCCGUCCCGGCGGCGCCGUCAAUCCCCGCCGUCGGUCCCGAUUCCGACGUCGAGGUACUCGACACCCGGUCCGGCCCCUUGAGAGCGGGACCGACGACACGCGAGCAAGAGAUCCAGCGUCAGCAGCUGCAACAGCUGCAACAGCAGGAGCAACAACUGCAACAGCUACAGGAUCAACAGAGACGGACGUCGAGAUUGCAGAUCCAGCAGCAACAGCAACAGCAGCAGGAGCAACAACUGCGACAGCUACAGGAUCAACAGAGACGGACGUCGAGAUUGCAGAUCCAGCAGCAACAGCAACAGCAGCAGGAGCAACGAACCGCGCAACAACCUGCGCGGAUCAUCGGACAAACGGCCGGACGAAUCGCGAGCGCUCGAUUGGUCGGUCUUCCCGCUGCUGCGAGAGCGAUCACCACGUAUCCGUCCACCCCCUACCCCUACGCCGCGUAUAGCGUCACGUACUCCUCGCCCUUUGCCUACGCCGCGCCCCUCAACGGCCUGGCUUACACCCCCGCCGUCACCUCGACGUAAACUGUACCGUCCGUUUAUAUCUACCUCGACCUGUUAUUUGUUAGGAUUAUUGAUGACAAAAACUAAAUAAAUUGUUUGCCACAUGAGUUACUCAUAAA